UGACAAUUUAAUAGAUUUUGAUUAAAAAGAGGAUAAAAUAUUAGCAAUAUAAAUAUUUAUUCUUUUAUGUAAAUAAAAAUUAGAUUUAAAUCCUUACUUGUUUCCAGAGUUGAAUUUUUCUUUACUAUCCAAUUUAAAAAAUAAAGAUAUUGAGUUCCUGAAAAUUAUAUCACUUCAGUCUUAUCCCUUUAAGUCGUGACAUGAGUUGGGCUAUCCCUUUAACGAUGUCGUCGUGGCAAUGAGUUGGGCUACAGACGUGGCAGCCGAAAGAAUAAAUUACCUGUUUUUAAAUUGGGGAAAUUAAAUACCCUUCACCGGAAAUCUUUAUCAGCUUGGCCUGUUGCCGCACCGUUCCUUGCAAGCUCUCUCUCACAAGCAUGACCCUCUCAUCUUAUAUAGCUGGGGCAGGUCCCCACACUCAUUGUUUCAUCUGCUGAUGUGGCCGCAGAAGUAUUCAAAACCCACGACCUCGUUUUCAUUAACCGGCCAAAAACCAUCGCCGCGGGAAUCUUUCUUUAGGGCUACAAGGACGUGGCUUUCAUCCCCUAUGACGAUGAGUGGAGACAACUAUUGAGAACUAUUUGUGAUUGAUAAUUAUGCUGCUCAUAACUAGAAGUGGAGAAAUAGACAAUUGUUUGCCAUUAUGUAUGUUUUAAAUCAACUUGUUUUGGCUUGCUUUUUGAACAGGUACAGAAUGGUGUCGAAUCAGAGAGCUUCUACCAUGGAAAUUGAGACUGUAGCAUCAGAAGCCAAAGUUUGAGGCAUUGAAGCCUCAUGAGAUGUCUGAUGGACAGAUUCGGUUCCGCAAGGUGAAUGUUCCACCUCAUCGUUAUACCCCUCUCAAGAAAGCUUGGAUGGAUAUCUAUACUCCCAUUUUUAAACAGAUGAAAAUUGAUGUCCGCAUGAAUUUGAAGAUGAUCAGUUGUAAUAUUGCAGUCGAUAUGUAUUGGUCGAUACAUAUAGUACAUACAAGGCAACAAACGAGUAUGUCACAGUUGGAAAAUUUUGAGAGUCUUGCAGGAGUUGAACGUCGUUCCCAAUCAACUUCAUCUGAACGCUUGGGUAGCCAUGCAGGCAUUCGGUAUUUUGUGCACCACUACCGCACCUGUCUGACUGCUUGAAAGGGAUAAGUUUCUUUAAUAAGUGAAACUGAUUGAAAUUUUUUCUGGCUUUUCGCUUCUUAUAAGGGUUUUAGUGGAAGAUUCUUUGAGAUCAUUAUUCUGACCAAGGCCGUAAAUUGUUUCGGCAUGAACAAUUGGUUGAACUUUCCUGUGUACUAGAUCCAAAAUCUUGCUUGAUCAAAUACCUAGGAACCGUAGAUGAUGACCCUUGAAGAGGGAUUUCAGAGUAA